UUUGAUAUGUUAUUUAAUUACCAUUCAAUCACUAUUAUAGUAUCUAUUCUUGGAUUUUCAAACGCUCAACGGAAACAGCGUAUCUGUGAACCUAAUCAGAGUAAAUAUGGUUACUUGUAUCCGAAUUGCCACACUGUUUGGGUCGAUAAUGGUGGAAAAUCCCACAAGGUGGAAGAAAUUCGGGCACCAUCUUUAUCAGAAAAUACUAGAACAGCCUAUAGGGAACUACGAAAUGCUCGAUCACAAACAUUUUGGGGUAAAAAUCUUAUUUUAUUUUGUUCUCACUACAUGUUCUUAAGUUUCAUGUGA